UGGGUCGCCGCGCGUUCAUCCGAUCCGCUCAACAGUUCCCGCAUUGACCAGUCAAUUGUUUUCAUACAGUGCUGACAUCUGUACACAGUAUUGUAAGCAGCAUUUCAUCAGUGAGAAGGUUGCGACCAAAGUGUUGAUAUUCGUGAUAUUAGAGUAAUCAAUGUUCUAGAAACGGAAGAUGAAGGUACAGUUACUUACAUCAAUGUCAAAGUUCAGUUGUUGUUGAUACCCUAACCGCAUCAUCAUGAAGAUAGACAGAAGUCGUUUGAAAAAGAGCACUUCUGAAGUGCCUAUAGAAUGUCAAGCACUAAUAGAAAAACUUCGAAGCUGCUCCCCAGCAGAAUUGCUGGAGGAGCUGAAGCGAAUCGAUUCAUGGACAUUUGGAAAAUGUGAGCUUUAUCAUUGGAUAGAUAUUUUAGAUAUUUGUGAUGGCAUUCUGGAAGAAGCCGCCAUGAGGGCGGGUGAAAAUACAUGGACAUUAGCUUGUGAUCUCCCUCAUAAGUCUGAGUUGAAAGAUUUGCUUCUAUGGGUCCUGCAUUUUACCACAUUGCUCAUCGAGCAUUCCUUUUCAAGACAUCUUUACAACUCAAUGGAGAGAUUGGUGGCACUUCUUUCAUCCUGUGAUAUGCACGUUGUGCUUGGUGUUUUAAAUCUUCUCUACAUGUUCAGCAAAAGGAGUAACUUCAUUACCCGUCUUGAUAGUGAUAAACGCCAAGCUUUGUUAAGCCGCUUAACUCACUCGGCUGAGAGCUGGGGUGGCCGUGACAAUGGCUUUGGUCUGGCAGAUUGCUGCAAAGAUCUCCCCAUUUCUCAUUUUCCUCCAAGUGCAACCACUCUCCAUUUUGAAUUUUAUGCUGAAGACACAUCUGCUUCAAGCUCUACUGCAGCAGGAGGUGCUACAGCAGCCCCAACUGCUACCAUUAGUGGUGCGAAUCCACCGGCAACUUCAAAACCAAAAGGAACUAGCAACCCAACCAGUGUCAUCCAUAUACAAAAUAUAGAUACCUUUGAUAAAACACCAGCACAAAUGAUGGACCAGCUUUUGACAACAUUUGCUGUUCCUAAGGAUAAACAAAUGCUGCUCUUCACUCAUUUGCGGCUUGCUCAUAGCUUCUCAAAUUAUCAGCGAAGACUUCAAUGUGUGCAAGCUCGACUGCAAGCCCUGUCUGUGUUGGUAUAUUCCAAUGCCUUAGCAGAUAAUUCUCAUUCACUUCUGUACCCUGGACUCAUGGAAGAACUAGUGGAGCUCCUUGAAAUAGCAUCACCUGAUCUGGUUGAGAUUAGAGCUGCUGCACUUCGUACCCUCACAUCAAUCAUUCACCUUGAUCGGAAUCCAAACUUCCCUCACCGCAAACCUGGUGCAAGAUUAAAUAUGAUCAUUGAUGUGACAGGAGCAGGGUCAUACCAUGGUUUCUUGCCUGUCCUAGUUCGAACUUGCAUUACGUCACUAACAGCCCCAUCAAAUCAAGCUAGCACGUCUUCCAGCACUGAACCUGCAGCGUUUCCUCUUCCAUUAGCUACUGCAUUGUUCAGCUUCCUGUAUCACCUAGCUAGUUAUGAAGCUGGUGGUGAGGCCCUUGUCAGCUGUGGUAUGAUGGAGUCUCUACUUAGAGUCAUCAACUGGCCUGGCAGUGAACUAGAGCACAUAACUUUUGUCACAAGGGCAGUCCGAGUUAUAGACCUCAUAACCAACAUUGAAAUGCAAGCGUUCCAAGCCCAUGGUGGUCUGACUAGCUUCAUCAAUCGGCUUGAGAUGGAAGUCAACACAUGUAGAUUAGAACAGCCAUUUGAAAUUGUGCCCCCUGGCCACCAACCCCACGAUAUGGAAGAAGAAGCUAGGUUGGCUGAGGCCCAGAGUCCUGAUAUUUAUGAUGAUCAAGAGAUGGAAACCGAAUCUCCAUUUAGGCGUGAAGAGGAAGGAAUUGAAGGCGCUUCCACAUCUGAAGGACAUGGGGAUACUAGUGCGCAGCAGGAGUCGGAACAGAGUGACAAACCAGCUGAAACUGAGGAAGAUGCUUUCCCCAACUUCGACUACAGUGCUGCUAAGACGGGCAGAACCUGCUUGCCUCAAAGAGCUGCUCUCCUCAAAUCAAUGCUGAAUUUUUUGAAGAAAGCAAUUCAAGUAGAAGAUCCUGCAUUUUCAGACAGCAUCCGACGUGUCAUGGAGGGCUCCUUGCCCUCUUCCUUGAAGCACAUCAUCAGUAACGCAGAGUAUUACGGUCCAUCCCUGUUUCUGUUGGCGACUGAUGUCGUCACAGUCUAUGUUUUCCAAGAACCCUCUCUCUUGUCGUCCCUCCAAGACAACGGUUUGACUGAUGUUGUGCUGCAUGCUCUUCUUGUGAAAGAGGUGCCUGCUACACGGGAGGUUCUUGGGUCCCUGCCAAAUAUGUUUUCUGCUUUGUGCUUAAACACUAGAGGUCUUCAAGCAUUCCAAAAGUGCCAACCAUUCCCUCGCAUAUUUAAGGUGCUCAUAUCACCUGCCUAUCUAGCUGCAAUGAGACGCAGGAGAAGUUCUGAGCCCAUGGGAGACACUGCUGCUAGUUUGGGCAAUGCUAUGGACGAACUGAUGAGGCAUCAGCCAACACUGAAGCAGCCUGCAAUGGCAGCUAUCGUAAAGUUGCUGGAAGAACUUUGCACACUUGGACGGAACCCUAAGUAUGUUUGCUGGAGGGCACAGAACAAGCAAGAGGUGUCUCCUGCUGCUACGCCCAACAACCAGGGCAGUGGAGGCAGCAGUAGCAGCAAUACAGAGGGCCCUGGCAGCAGUGAUGAGGAUGAUGAGGAUGAAGAAGAAGCAUCCAGCUCCUCCCACCAACCUCAGUCAGCUGUGGAGUCAUCCGCAAUCAAUAGUGCUUCAACAUCAAGUAGUAAUGCUGAAAAGACACCCAUUGCCCUAAUAGAUUACAUUAUCAAUGUGAUGAAGUUUGUCGAUGCUAUCCUGAGCAACAACUCAACUGAUGAUCAUUGCCGUGAAUUUGUGAACCAAAGUGGCCUUGAGCCUCUGUUGUCAGUUCUUGGUCUUCCAAAUCUCCCUGUUGACUAUCCAGUGACGGGAGCAGCUCAAAGUGUGUCCGCUGUUUGCAAGUCAAUUUUGAAUCUGGCUCAUGAUCAACACGUAUUAACCCAAGGUCUUACUCAGUUAAGUGAAGUACUGAGUUCUCUGAAACCUCUUUACACAUCUCGCUCUAUGAGUGGUUUGUGCUCUGUUCUGCUCCAAGAACUAGUGCGAGCUCCUUCUCUAGAAAAUGCUUUCAGUACACCAUCUGCAACUCCACUGUUGCAUGCUAUGACAGCUGCUCACGCGUACGUCGCUAUGUUUGUCAAUGUGUGCCGCACAAGCCAGGCUGAUGUCAGAGCCAUCUCUGUCAGAAGUUGGGGCUCUGAAUUGGGGCUUGGUGUCUUGAAAGCCCUCUCAGAACUGUAUGUGUCCCUUGUGUGGGAAAGCACAUUACUUCUAGCCUUGUGCAGUGAUGACAUACUCCCCCCUGAUUCGGACUUCUGCAAGGAAGAUAUGGAGAAGUUGCGACCAGCCAAUGAACUUGAGGGUUCCAGCUCUGCUCUUGCAGACAUGGGCAGUAAUGGCAUGACCUCUGCAAUGGAAGCUCUGAGUACCACAGAACAGCAGCCUGGUAGCAGUAUGGAGGUGGAAGGCGCUGGUGGUUCUGGAUCUGCAGGGCCAAGCCGAGUUUCUCGAGGAACGACUUGCUGUGGCACCACUCCCACUCAACUCAAAUACAUCAAGCCUUUGCUUGCUGCUUCAUCUCGUCUUGGCAGAGCCUUGGCGGAAUUGUUUGGCCUUCUUGUUAAGCUGUGUGUGGGUUCUCCUAUCAAUCGCCGUCGCACUCAACCAGGACCCAAUGCUCCAGCUCAACCAACACCAUGUGCACGCGCUGUUGCCACUUCAUUGAACUCUCUUCUAGCCCGAGGUCUGGAUUACAGCCUGCUGCCAUCUACUCCUAUCCCAAAGGUGCGGCUUACCUUCCUCAUCUGCUCCGUGGGCUUCACCACGCCCAUGCUGUUUGAUGAGAAGAAGUAUCCAUACCAUCUGAUGUUGCAAAAUUUUGCCAACUUUGGAGGUCUUGAAAAUUUCUUUGAAACUUUCCGUUGGGCCUUAUCUGCUGGGUAUACCAUUCCUCUGGAAUACGGACUGGAAAGCCCAGACCUGCCUGAAGGAACUGGUGAAUUUCUUGAUGUUUGGCUUCUACUGCUGGAGAAGAUGGUGAAUCCUAGGGCCAUUCUGGAUUCCCCUCACGCCAUCAACAAGGUGGCAAGUAUGCAGAAGCCAUUUGACCCCUAUCAGUAUUUGAGCAACAUCCAUAAGAUGGCAUUCGAUGCAGUCAUGUUGAUGUGGGGAAGGAAACCAUUGAAAACAUAUGGUGCAAGGAUGUCUGAAUCUAUGUUGGCCAUCUUGCGCCAUAUCCUGCGUGGUGAGAAGCUCAUGCAAGAAAAGCAAGUGAAGGAUGAAGAGGCAAAGAAAACUGAAGCAACCACUGAAGGAGCGUCAGGGUCCGCCUUGGCGCGAAGGCCCGGGGAGCCAGCGGCUCCUCAAAUCAAUCAAGAACACCUGCGAUCCCUACUAGACAUGGGAUUCUCCAGAGAACUUUGUGAGGAAGCCUUGGGACAGUGUACCACCCUUGAGCAAGCCACAGAUUAUCUCUUGAACCACCCCACACCUCAUGCACGCUCUUCCUCCUCUGCUGCCGCUAUUGAUGCAGAAAUGUCUGAAGAUGAUCAAAUGCUGAGAGCUAUUGCCAUGUCACUUGGAGAUACUGGUCUAGAAGCUUCAGCUGCUGAAAAGGAUCAAGAAAUGGAUCCAGAACCCCUAUCCACUGAAGAAAUUGAUAACUUCACAAACUCUGCCCUUUCUACCUGCCUUGCACUUCUAGACAUGUUGCCCGAUACUGUCUACAGAGUGUGUGAUCUUCUAGUAACGAUUACAAAACGUAAUGGGGAUCAGUUCCGCAAUGAGAUGCUAGAUAUGAUGACUAACGAAAUAUCUGAGAAAGUGUCAUUCCUUCUCAACUCUAUAAAUAGUGAGAGAAAUAGUGAAAGCCCCCGUGUUCAAGUUGACACCUAUUUGCAUGUAUCACCUGCUGCUUAUAAGGCAGCAGUCAGAAUUCAUCUGUUCACUCUCCUCUUUGAAGGACCUAUGAUGCAUGAAAUGCGCACUCCUUGUGCUUUGGCCGUGCAACGUUCUGGAAUACUGGUUCCAUUGCUAACUCUACUGAAAGAAGGUUCUGCUGUGUUAGUUGAAUGCAAAGAUGUGUCUGGCCUCACACCUAAAUGGCUUGCUCCAUUGUUGUUAAUGCUGGACCUCUUGGAAAAAGUUGCAUUGGCCACCCAACGCAAAGAAGCAAUGCACAAAGUUUCCACCAGACUUUGGAGAUGGUUUGACCCUACAAACGGGAGAUGGACACCGUAUUCAACUGUGAACAACAAAAUCAUUAAUGAUGCGUACUGGAGUGGAGAGCCAUUAGCCCGUAUAAGCUGUGGCAGGAGACGCUAUGUCAUUCAGUUCAGUUCUAUGUUGCAAGUCAAUGAAGGAAGUGGUAAUCGACGCCCUGUCAUCAUGUCAAUGCUUGAUACUUACCGUGAAGAAGUACGCUCCCGACGAGAGGAGUUGGGCAUGGAAAUGGAGAUUGAUGAUUCAAUCGAAAGUGACAUUCCUGCAGCCAACAAUGAGUUGGAGUCCAAGCGGAAUACUCCUAUCCAAAAUCUUUCAUAUGAUGACUGUGCCAGUAUUAUCAAAGCAUGUGUACAGUUACUGAGUAUUCCAGUUAAUAAUGAUGCCCUACAUGCAGCCAUGAGAGUAUGCCUUAGACUGACUCGUGAUUUCAAGUUGGCUAGUCUUUUUGCUGAGUUGGGUGGUGUCAGAAUGCUGCUUGAUCUCACUCAGACCUCUUCUUUCAAUGCGUUUUUACAACUGUGUACCCUCAUCAUUCGACAUGUCAUGGAGGAAUCAACUACUCUUUCACUGGCAAUGGAAAAGGUCCUCAGGUCCAUGACUCAGCCAAAUAUCCCUGCAACCUACAAAGAACUGAUGUACAUGUUCAGAAUGUGUUCUUCAGCUAUUUGUCGCCAGCCUGAAGUCUUCAAAUCCACUGCAGAACGCCUUCUUCGAGUGGAUAUUUCUCUUCACAAACCUCGAUAUGACCUAGAAGACACUAGAUUGUUGUUGAAGUGCCUGCCUACCGGUCCACACACACCAGUACCAAUGCAUGAGCGAGUUUCCCAGAGCGUCAUCUUCGACCUCCUCAAUGCGCUUGCCAAAGAGCCAGUUAAGAAAGAAGAAGCGACCACUAAUCCUUCAACUCCUUUGUGUAUGCAACACGAUGAGCAGCAGCAGACAGAUAACAUUGCACAGCAGGGUGUGCUAGCUGCUGAAGUUUCUGAAGGGAACAUUUCUGCUGCCACCCAAUACAACGCUGGGAGUUCUAUUGCUGCUGUUCAGUUGUUUGUUCCAAGAGAAAUUCCGCAAGAUUUACUCGCAGAGGGAGCUGCGGCUGCUGCAAAUACCAACCAGAGCAGCAGCGCAGCAGCUAAUGGAGAUGACUCCAAGAAAAACAAAGAAGACCCACUCAGCUCUACUCCUCAACACAAAGAAGAGAAGCGACUUCCUCUUCUUCCCAAAUCCAGUAUCCUGAGAUUGUUGGCGGAAGCUGUGCGUUCUUAUGCACCCUGUGCUAAGUUGAUCACAGAUUACCACUAUUCCGCUGGACAGAGUGAAUUAAUUACAGAAGAUUGUUCAGCCCUGGCUUUCCUUUUAGAUAAUCUUCUCCCUGCUCAUGAGAACAAAGCAGACCGAGAAUGUCCCAAUAUGGUGCGUAUGCUUGUUGCUGCAUUGGCAUCAUGCACUCAUUCUUGCACAGCCCAAACCACAUUGGUGGUAGAGGUCAAGAAUGCCUUAGCUCGAACCCUACAAAUGCCAGAGUCUGCAGAGAAGAGCAGCCAAAUCCAGGCUCUAGCUGUGCUCAUAUCUACAAUGAUUGAAAAUUGCCCACCAAGCACCACUACAUCUCAAAAUGCCCAGAACCCUCUUGGACUUCGGUCUCAGCAGAUCAAUGGUGUCAACAACAUGGUACGCAUUAUGGUGAGGAGAGGCUUGGUGACAGACUUAGCUCGUGUUGUCCACAGCUUGGAUCUGUCAAGCCCCAACACAGCAUCCACUGUAAAUGCAGCACUGAAACCCUUGGAAACGCUGUCAAGAAUCAUGGCUCAGCCGUCACCAGGAACUUCAGCCAUGCUGAAACUUGCUCGCUCCAAGAUUCAGUCCCUGGAUGUGGAUCCCUUGGCUUUGCCAGGAACACCUACUUCUGGCACCACUCAUGCUCAAGGUGAGGAUGCAGCAGAAGACCCCGACAAUACCGAUCACGAUGUUUCAGGAGCCACUGAAAGCAUGGAGCCUAACAAUGAGAACCGACAACAGCAGGAAGGAGACGAGCCUUGCCUGGAUGACCUCAUGGAUGUUCUGGUCAGUAGAGAGAGGCAAGGAUCUACGUCAUCAGCAUUUGUGAAUCAAACUGAGGCUAUGGAUGUUGAAGCCCGAAAUGAGGAGCUGCUUACCUGUCACCGUAACACAUUGUUCACUGAGCAGGAAGACCACAUCGAUGAUGAAAGCUCAGACUCUGGCAGCAAUCAGUCUGCAGAGGGUGAAGAUCAAGGUGAGAAUGACAAUGAGAGCAGUUCAAGUUCAAGCAGUUCUUCCAGUAGUAGUGGAGAUGAAGAUGAGGAUGACGACGAAGAUGAUGAUGACGACGACGAUGGAGACAACGGAGAUGAUGUUCAGCAAAAUGGAGAGGAUGGUGGUUAUGAGGCUGAUAACUUGGAGAUAUUCCCCUCAGAUGAAGGUGUGAUGCGCAUUCCUGGUCUGGACCGAGACAAUGAGGACAUUUUAAUGAUUCAGUACUCUGAUCCAGAUCCUAGUGGGCCGCUUGUUCCUUGGAACACCAGCACUUUCCCUCUACCUUUUGGAAUAUUUGAAGAUGUAAACAAUGGGAAUGACAAUGCUGCAGGUGGAAUCAACCCAGGUCCUCAUGUUCAUCCUCUUCUCAACACUCGACAUAGCAAUGAGUCCAACAAUCUUUCAAACACGCGAAGCCAAAGGACCAAUAGGCAACGCCGUUACCAAUAUCUACAACUCAACAUGCGAAAUCCCAACCCUCCAGUGAUCCUUCAACGUUUGCUAGGACCACUUGCAGGAAGUCUUCCAUUGGCCACUGCAGCUGGGCAAGCCCUCGCCAACUCUGUUAGAGAUUCUCGAGUGGUUCUCAUGGACCAUGGUCUGGGAAUUUUGACAAAUGGAGAAGAGGAACAAAUUGACUUUGUUGACCAGUCAGGUUAUUUGCUGGGUCCAGGUUUGGCAGUGACAAUGAGCAACACCCCUACUGCCCUAAACUGGUGGAACGAAGAGUCGAAACUACUUGACGGAGAGUGCUCUGCUGAUUUGGUGUUUGUCGUGGCCCACAGUCUUGUCGGCAUUCUGAAGAAGCAUAGAGAUGAAGAGUUGCACGAGCGUCAGCAGAAAAUGAAGAAGCAAGUAGAAGAGCAGAAAAAAUGUGAAGAGGUGGCUCGUAAGAAGCGCGCCGCCAAAGGAGACCCUGAAGCCGGCAAGGAGCAGGGGAUGGAGGUGCAGAGUAUUCCAGCGACGUUGCCCGAAAACGCCAGCAUGGAAACCCCCUCGCCGCUCAUGGCGGACACCAUCGCCGAGGUGAUCGCGACCCGCGAGCAGAACGGCAGCCGCGAGCAGAACGCCACCAACCGCAUGCUGGAGUCGUUCGCCAACUACCUGGGCCCUGCGUACGGCGGCCCCGACCAGGGCGCAGCCCCAGUGGCGGCCCCAGUGGCGGCCCCCACCGAGCAGCAGCAGCAGCCCAGCGCCGGGGAAAGCACCUGGACCGUGCAGGACUUGGCGGCGGCGCCUCCAGUCGUGGCCCCGGCUGUGCCGGCGGCCGCGUCGUCCGACCUGGUGACGGCGGGCUCGCCGACCACAACGCCGUCCGACGUGAUGAACGUGCAGGCCGUGACGGUGGCCCCGGGCCAGAGCCAAGGCCCCACCGAGGAGAUCCCAGACACCCCAGCCUCGCCGGACGUGGAGGCCCCCUCCGCCCCGGCCGCCGAGGCGCUCAGCCCCAAGCCCGACGACGUCGCCGACCCCGCGGCCGCCGGGCCCAGCACUUCGGGCACCGCGGUGGCCAGUGGCAGCAGUGCGCCCUCAGGCUCAGGCUCUGGCGCGCCGGAGCUGCCCGAGGGCGUGGACCCGUCCUUCCUGGCCGCGCUCCCGGAGGACAUGCGCGAGGAGGUGAUCGCCGAGCAACUGCGGCUGCAGCGCAUCCGGCAGCAGACUCUGGAGACGCAGGCCGCGGGCACCAGCGCCGGCAUCACCCAGGUGAACCCCGAGUUCCUGGCCGCCCUGCCGCCCGCCAUCCAGGAGGAGGUGCUGUCGCAGCAGCGGCUGGAGCAGCAGAGGCACGCCGCAGCCAGCGCCAACCCGGAGGACCCCGUCGACACGGCCGCCUUCUUCCAGAACCUUGCUCCGUCUCUUCGCCAAGCUAUUUUGGCAGACAUGGAAGAUUCCCAGAUCGCAGCAUUGCCUCCAGAUCUUGCUGCUGAGGCUCAGAGUUUGAGGCGUGAAUGGGAGUCCCGCAACAGGCACAUGCAAGACAGGUUCUUCACUUCACAUCCUGGUCAGAGCACCCUAUCGCAAAUCCUUCGUAGUCAUCAGGCUGCUUCAGGUAGUCGUCGCCCUGUUACGCGAUAUGCCAUCCAGACUGUUCCUCAACAAAGUCGGUGGAUGACUGGAAACUGGAGUGACCGAGAGCAGGCUGCUCUAGCGUUGUCUUCGGCAGCAACCACUAAUAUCAGAGCAAGAGGCCGACCUCUGCUAGACCAUGAGGCCCUGAGCUGUCUCCUUGUGCUUCUGUUCUUGGAUGAACCAAGACUAAACACAGGCAGACUUCACAGGGUGUUCAGGAAUCUGUGCUAUCACUAUCAGACCAGGGAUUGGAUCAUCAAAGCACUGUUGUCUAUUCUGGAAAGAAGUAACGAGUCAAGAGUUGCUGAAAUUCUGCCGGCCUUGCCAUCGACUGAGACUCCUGCCAAAUCAAAGCGAACAACACGCGCAUCUCAAGCCAAACAAGCAGCUGAUGCAUCCAAGAGUGGAAGUGGAGCCACUGGAAACACUGGCAGUGUAAAUGUCAGACUGCAAGGUGGAACUUCCUGGUUGAAUGUGAGUGUGGAUGCUGCUCUGGGAUGUCGGGCCAACAUUUUCCAUAUCCAAAGACCGCCAUCUGGCAAGAGGGGCUAUGAGCGUAACUCUACAUCCACUGCUAUUGCCGUGCACCGGCAAGCUGCCCCGAUAGUGUGCAGACAUGCCUUGGACCUGCUUAUUUCACUAGCCAAAAGUUUCCCUGGGUAUUUCCUCCCAGCUCGACCCAAAGAUCAAGAGUCACCCCAAGAGAGGGUUGGAGUGGAAACAAGAAGCCGCGCUUCAUCCAUUCAGGGAACAACGCCAAGCUCGUCUGCCGGAGAGGGAACUAGCAGUGGCCCUUCCACUUCCACUGCUGUUGCUUCUACUUCUGGCUCAACUACAACCCCUCCAAAUGAGUUCUGGGAGCUUCUCUUGAGACUGGAUAGUGCCAGCUCUUCACGGAAAGGAAAAAACCUGUCAAGAUCCAAUAGUAGUGCCGGAGUAGAGCGCAACAAUGAAGCUGACUCAUCCCACCCUACCAAUUUCGAAGCUUCAGCUUUUGGCCAGUUGUUGCCAAUGUUGGAUUGCGAAGUUGUUAAACGGUCAACUGUUCUCACAGACAAGCUCCUUAGACUGCUGUCCUUAGUCUCUCUUGGCCUAGCAGAACCAAACCCACAUGCUCCUCCAAUGGUUGAAAAUCAGGUCAGACUUGCAGUGCAAGUUCUGACAUCCAAAUCUUGCUCUGAAGAGGGUCUAGAAGAUACGACUGCCUUGCUUUUAAAUCUUGCUAGCUAUAAUGAUGCUAUGAGAGAAAUGAUUUUAAGACUGCUUUUGGAAGGAGCAAUGAAACUUGCUUACACAGUCCAAGAACACAUAGCAUCCCUGAUUGGAGAGCUAUCUUCUCUCAACCAAAAGAGAGUGCGAGAAGACAGCACUAGCACAGACGAUAACUCUGUGGCUCGUCCUGAAAGGGGUCUUCUGCAUGAUAGGUUUACAAAUGACACCGUGGUUGUGACUGCACCUACCAAACUGAAAGGUGGCAUGGACCUCCAGCUUCCGAGCAUGGCACCUCUGACGUCCAAAACAUCCAGCCAAGCCUUCUUCCUGCGGAUGCUCAAGGUCAUCAUCCAGCUGCGCGAGGCGGUGCGCUUGGCCAGCAAGAAGAAGACGCCUCGUUUCGACUCAACACACCAACCAGCCAAUUCGUCGACUCCAGUCACAGCUCCCUCCGCCCCGCCUCCUAGUGUACCAUCCGUUGAGCGGAUGGAAACCGAUGCUCUGGUGGCUGCUGGCUCCUCGUCCGACGCCCAGGCCGCGGCCCCUCCCGUCGAGGGCGCUGCCGCCACGGUUGCCGCCGCCGACCAAUCCACCGCGGCCGGCACCACCCCGGUGGGCCGCGCCAGGGGCAGCAGAGGCAGCCGCGCCAGCUGCCGCGUGCGCCUGGUGCCCGCCUCGCCCGCCACCGCGCCCGCCGCCGCCCCGCAGCAGGAACAGGCUCAGGAAGUGGUCCCCGCUGCCGACGCCGAGGCCGACACCAUGGACACGUCCUCGCCGCCCGGAGUUCCCCCCGAAGCGCCAGCGGGCUCUGGGGAGUUCCAGGUUGUGGUUCCGGUUCCGGUUGCGGCAGAGCACCGCCAGAUGGAGCCCAUCCUUGCGCCGGAGCAUCGCAGCGGCUUUAUCCACUUCAUCAAUCCCAACAGGCCACAACAGCCACAUCCAGACGAAGAGUUGGAUUCGGAGGAUGAUGAGGAUGAGCCUGAUGAUGAAGACGAGGUUGAGACUGAAGAGGGACCAGCUCUUCCGAACCUUAGUGAACAGUUGAGGCUCGACAGCCUGUGGGAAACGCUGAGCACAUGCCUGCUGCAGCUAGCUGACACUCCAGACCACCACGCUGUCCUGAUGCUACAGCCUGCUGUUGAGGCGUUCUUUUUGGUGCAUGCCCCUCCAUCAUCGGAGAGGGAUCGUGAAAGGUCUUCCAGUUCGAGUAGUCGUGCCAACCCUGGGGUGGACCUGGUUGCUGAAGCCCCUGCCGCUCGAGUAGGAACACAGGCCCAACCGCAAGCAGCUGGUCAAGGAGCGUCGGCCAGCGGGGCUGCGGCUGCCAGUUCAAGUGCUGAGGAGGCUGCCUCUGCUUCCUUGGCGUUAGAAAAUGCCACUCUUGCGCCAGCGCUUUCCCCAGACCAACAGAAGUUCCUCAAAUUUGCUGAAACACACCGUACUGUCCUUAACCAAAUCCUGCGCCAAUCAACAGCACCUUUGGCAGAUGGUCCAUUUGCUGGCCUUGUGGAUCAUGUGCGAAUUUUGGACUUUGAUGUGAAGAGGCGCUACUUCCGUACAGAAUUGGAGCGCCUUGAUGAAGGAUUGCGCAGAGAGGAACUUGCAGUUCAUGUUAGACGUUCCAAUGUAUUUGAAGAUUCAUUCCGUGAAUUGCAACGAAGGCCUGUGGAAGAAUGGAAAAAUCGGUUCUAUAUAGUGUUUGAAGGUGAGGAAGGUCAAGAUGCAGGUGGCCUGUUGAGAGAGUGGUAUGUUAUUAUUUCCCGAGAAAUCUUCAACCCCAUGUAUGCUCUGUUCACAACUUCACCUGGUGAUAGAGUAACAUACAUGAUUAACUCUUCAUCACAUUGCAAUCCAAAUCAUCUUUGCUAUUUCAAAUUUGUGGGAAGAGUUAUUGCUAAAGCAAUCUAUGAUAACAAAUUGUUAGAAUGCUACUUCACAAGGUCAUUCUACAAACACAUUUUAGGAAUCCUUGUCAAGUACACUGAUAUGGAAAGUGAAGACUACAGCUUCUAUCAAGGAUUAGUGUACCUAAUGGAAAAUCAUGUCAGUGCUCUUGGCUAUGAUCUUACAUUCAGUGCAGAGGUUCAAGAGUUUGGAGUAACAGAAGUACGAGACCUGAUCCCUAAUGGAAGGAACAUUGGUGUAACUGAAGAAAACAAGAUGGACUAUAUUCGCCUUGUGUGUCAGAUGAAAAUGACUGGGGCUAUUAGAAAGCAACUGAAUGCUUUCCUAGAGGGCUUUUAUGACAUUAUUCCUAAACGUCUCAUAUCCAUUUUCAAUGAACAAGAGUUGGAGUUGCUCAUAUCUGGACUGCCUAAUGUGGAUAUUGAAGACUUGAAGGCUAACACUGAGUAUCACAAGUACCAGCCAACUUCUCUGCAGAUUCAGUGGUUCUGGCGGGCCUUAAGGUCGUUGGAUCACGCAGACAGAGCCAAGUUCCUGCAGUUUGUUACUGGCACCUCCAAGGUUCCCCUGCAAGGAUUUGGAGCUCUAGAGGGCAUGAAUGGUGUUCAGAAAUUCCAGAUCCAUCGCGACGAUCGUUCCACGGAUCGUUUGCCUUCUGCACACACAUGCUUCAACCAGUUGGAUUUGCCUGUUUAUGAGACAUACGAUAAAUUGCGCACCAACUUACUCAAAGCAAUCCAUGAGUGCUCGGAGGGUUUCGGUUUUGCAUAAGAAGUAUGGUGUGCAAAUUUGAGUCAGCGUUGCAUAAAAUUCCUUCAAGUGAUAAUAGUGUAAUUUAUUCUCAGUCUAAUUCCUUUUCAGUGAUGGAAGAAUUGUCUAGGUAGUUUGAAUGUGGUAUGUAAGGUCUGCUAGUGAUUCGCUAUCUGUACAGAUGUUAUUUAUUUUCUAAUAUGAAGGCUGUAGGCCAGCUUUUGAGAUGGCUAAUCAAUAUUUUUAUGGUCUGUAAACAGUGGAAUUAUUCCACUUAUAUCGUAAGCUUCAAGGAUUUUGUAAUUUUUGUUAUGUGUAUAUACAGUUCUUAAUUAAAAGUUAGUUUAUUUUGGCAAUUAAAUGCUACUUAUUGUUUUCUGGUGGUCAGAGCAAACCUCAGUCAGUUUUAAGUGGUCAGUCUCUUCCUUUUAAAAAUAUCAUGCUCAUUCUUUACAAAAUCUUGUAUUUUAAGUAUUCUGGUUGCAAUAGCAAAUGUUUUUACUUUGUUCUGGUUUAAAAUGAAAUAAAUAAAACAUGCUCUGUACUAUAAGUA